AUGGCUAAUUCACAAGAAUUACAAAAACUUCUGAUUGAUGAAAAAAUGCGAUGUGAACACCAUAAAGCAAAUUAUCAAACUAUAAAGGCAGAACAUCUAAGAUUACAAGAGGAAUAUACAAAAUCACAAGAUGAACUGAAGCGGUUGUUAGUUGAAAAGCAGACUGUACAUGACAAAUUUCAGUUUCUUCUUGCUGAAUAUCGAGAGGAGUUGCUGGGUAAAACACAAGAGCUGGAAAAACUGAAGAUGCAGGUGCUAACUCCUCAAAAAUUAGAACUAUUAAAAGCACAAUUGGAAUCUCCUAUGACAGAACGUUAUCGGAAGCUAGAAAAUGAAGUAGAAAAAUACAGAACAGAAUAUAACAAACUUCGUUAUGAACAUACUUUUCUGAAAUCAGAAUUUGAACAUCAAAAGGAAGAACAUGCACGUAUUUUAGAAGAGAAGAAAAUAAAAUAUGAUGCUGAGAUUGCAAGGUUGGAUAAAGAUAAAGAAGAACUCCAUAAUCAGCUCCUUAGUGUUGAUCCCACGAGGGACAAUAAACGCGUGGAGGCACUCUCUAGAGAAAAGGCACAACUGUAUCAGAAAUUAAAAGGUUUAGAAGCAGAAGUAGCAGAACUAAGAGCAGAAAGAGACAAUUGUGGUGUGCAAGCAGAAAAUGUUCAAAGAGUACAAGUACGACAGUUAGCUGAGAUGCAGGCUAUGACAAGGUCUCUAGAGGCGGAAAAGAAGUCUGCUGAACUACAGAUUGAUCGAAUUGAGAAGGAACUACGGAUGAGUCAUGAGCAAAACAUUCUCUUAACUAGUAAACUUCACAAAUCUGAACGAGAAGUCAAUUCUUUAGCUGCUAAAGUAGAAGAACUUAAACAUUCAUAUAAAUUGGAAGUAACAAAUGUCAAACUGGAGGCAGCAAGAACAAAGAGUGAGGUAGAAAGAGAGAGAAACAAGAUUCAAAGUGAAAUGGAUGGAUUGCUGUCAGACAAGGAAAUUCUUAAGGCAGCUGUUGAACGUCAUAAGGUGCUUUUAGUAGAAAAGGAUCGGGAGCUAAUUCGUAAAGUGCAAGCUGCCAAAGAGGAAGUUUUUGAAAAAAUUGCAGCCUUACAGGAUGAAAAGUUAGAACUCGAGAACAGAUUAGCUGAUCUAGAGAAAAUGAAACUGGAACAAGAUACGUGGAGACAAUCUGAAAAGGAUCAGUAUGAAGAGAAACUACGUGUUGUACAGAUGGCAGAAGAAUCUAGCAAAAAGGAACUUCAGCGUUUGCGAUUAAAAAUUCAGCAGCAAGCUAUUCAGACAGAGGAGUUGGAAGAAAAGAAACGUGAAAGUGCUGAUCUGAAACAGCAAAUGCACAACAUGCAACUCCAGUUUGCCUCACUUUCUCAAUCAGAAAAUGAUUUACUAGAGUCUAAUCAGAAGCUGAAGGAAAUAAUAGAAAGAUUGAAACAAGAAUGUCAACAUGCAAGGACUCAGGCAGAGAAAGCUCAACUGGAAACAGAGAAGACUUUAGAAUACAAACGUAUAGAAUGGCUGGAGGAGAAGCAUGUGCUUACUCAGCGCAUCACAGAGAAAGAAGAGAAAUACAACCAAGUGAAGAACAAGCUAUGUCGAGCUGCUGUUGCUCAGAAAAAGAGAAAGACUCUCAAUGAUAAUAAACAAAGGAGGAUGCAAGAGAAACUAGAACUUUUGGAAGCCAAGAUAGAAGAGCUAGAAAAAGAAAAUCAGGUGCUAAAUAGGCAGAAUGUUUCCUAUGAAGAAUACGCACGCCUCCAGAAGAGACUGAAGGACUUGCAACGUAGACACAAUGAAUUCCGGAGUUUAAUUCUGAAUCCUAACAUACCGUCACUCAAUCCAGUCAGUAUAAUGUCAUCAUCUGCCUUGCCUCCUGGGCCUGAAGUGUCCUUCCCCCUUCUUCAGGAGGAACAGCAUCAAAGAGAGCUUUCCCUGCUUCGCAAGCGGUUGGAAGAACUAGAAACCACACAGAGAAAACAGCUGCAAGAUCUUGGACCAUCUCGAGAACGAGUAACGGUGGGUGCACACGGGGACAAGAUUGCUGGAGAAGGCGAUGCACGAAGUGAGGACUCCAAAUAG